AUGCCACAUCAGAACCCGAGGAAGCUGACUGGUCGUGACGUCGUCACGAGCCUGACGCUGAUUGGUGGCCUGCCGUGGAGGGGUUUACAGCAGGUGCGGGUUCACUGGCUACUGGACCUCGUGAAACCAGGCACAGGGCGCUACGGCAUAGACGAGGUCCGACAAUGGAACUUCGAAACCUGGAACGAGCCCGACCAUCACGACUUCGACACGCUCAACAUUACCGUGCCAGGGUACCUCAACUAUUUCUGGGCGAGCCGGCGCGGGCUGCGCGCUGCCGACGACCGGCUGAGGCUGGGCGGACCGGGCGGCUCGUGCCGACCUCCCCACUUCAGCACCCUGUGCUGGGCGCUGCUGAGGCACGCCGCCCCACAGCUCGACUUCCUCUCGUUCCACCGGAAAGGCGAGCAGGAGGUGCGCUCCAUCCUCUCUGCCGAGGUGCAGACGCUGCGAGAGCUGCGCGCCAGGUUCCCCGGGGUGGAGCGGCUGCCCGUGUUUAACGACGAGGCCGACCCGGAAAAGGGAUGGUGGCGGGCCCGGCCGUGGCGAGCCGACGUCACCUACGCGGCUAUGAUAGCGUCCAACAUCAUCAGACACCAGCUGUGGCGCACCGCCACCGGCAACAAGUACCACUACAGCCUGCUGAGCAACGACAACGCCUUCCUCAACUACCACCCUCACUACUUCCAGCAGAGGACGCUGUUCGCCAGGUUUCAGAUGAACCGGACGUCCGACAAACACUCGGAGUUUGUCCUGAAGCCGAGCUUCUCCGUGAUGGCACUGCUGGCCCAGCUUGGAUCUCGGCAGCUGAAGUUCGCCGCCAAACACAUGCCCAGCUCACUAUACGUGCUGCCGUCCAUUGGUGACCAGGACAGAUCUCUAACGGUCCUGCUCAGCCGAGGAGACUCCGCCGAGGAACCACGGCCCGACACCAGCGUUCAUCUGCACAUCAAUAACAUCACCAUGCCGACAGGUCAGCAGUGGUACUACACCGUGUACACCAUGGACAACCGUCUGACCAGCCCGUACCAGGUCUGGGCGCGGCAGGGCCGUCCCGUGUUCCCCGACAGGACACAGCUGGAGGAGAUGAGACAGGCGCAGGGUCUUCGUCGCGUGGGCCCACCUCUGCCGCUCCUCUCCAGCCGUUUAUCUGUGAAGCUGCGCCUGCCGCUGCCGUCUGUCACUCUGGUACACGUCUGUGGCACCGGCGACCAACCGGGACCCAUCACUGGACUGAGGGUGCAGCCAGUCACACGCGGAGAGGUGCUGAUCGUCUGGGAUGACCGAUUGGUCGAUACCAGAUGCAUUCUAACGUACGAGGUGUUCUUCCGAGCCGAAAACGUGACCGACGAGAAGUUUCGUCGAAUCAACCCAUUGGAUACGAUUUUCAACUUAUUCCAAUGGUCCCCAGAUACGCCAGGUAAGUCGAGCAAGUGAAGUGGUCGCUGGUCU